UGCGUUACAACGGGACACGCGACUUAACCCUGUCUGACGAUGCAUUGCUUGGCGGUCGUUGUCGGGGAAGUUUCCUGACGAUGUCAUCGUCGGUGGUGAGAAACGACGACGCUAUACCAAUGUCGGGACACCCAGGCGCCGAUUUAUAGUUGCGGUAGUCGCUGUUUUGGCGCACCCGCGUUCAUACGGUCAUAUACAAGUACCUUUUGGGCUGUUAGUUAGUUCACGGACACGAAAGUGUAAUCAAUUCAAGGGGUGGAUUACUUAAGUUCAGUUUUAUAAAGGUUGCGGUCUUCUUAAGUAUUCCUUAUACUGUGGAAUUCAAAAUAGAAAAUCAACCAAAGAUGGCAGCGAAAGGUGCGAAUAAUGGAACAGAAGCUUGCAUGGUCGCAGUCCAAUGAUUCCAACACUCAGAUCACUCGUUUAGAAGGCGAAAUCGAAGAGCAGCGCCAGCUUCGACUUCAAGACGCUCGUCAGGUGGAAGCAAAAGCAGCCCGUAUCAAGGAAUGGGUUACUAAUAAGCUUAGAGAACUCGAGCAACAGAAUCAACAUCUCAAAGAACAAAAUAUCAAGUGUAAUCAGCAAUUGGAACUACUCAGGAAUCAUAUCGCGCUUUCCGAUAGGAGAAGAUCUGAAAGCAUUUCUCCAGAACCAAGUCGCUUGUCUUCUGCUACUUCUCGUUCCUCCAGACAUCGGCGUCAUCAGAGCGUUUGCAUUUCCUCUAAUUCUUUUGAACCGGCCCUUCCUGUUACCAGUUUCAUUAAUACUAAUUUAAUUGGCAAUACUGCUUUCAUUCCAAAUAAUACAAAUAUGGAUGCUUUAUCGGAUGAUUUAAGGGCAGCUGUAGACAACCUAAGCUUAGGCAAAAUGACCACUGGUAGCGCUUCUGACCCCGACUUAGCUCAUGACUAUGCUGAAAUUUAUACUCCUAGUCGAGAGAAAGUGCCAUGGCCUAGGGCUCCUACACCUCCUCUCCAUCGAUUUCCUAGUUGGGAAGAUAGGAUCUAUCAAGUGGCUGCAGAUGGACUUACGUUGACAGGAACAACACCAAGUGAUAUGGGUCCAGAACAGGCAGGCUACCAAGACAUCCCUGUACCUGUUUAUGCAACGGUUAAGGGAAGGGCUAGUCAAAUCAGAUCGAUGCCUUUUACAGGUGAUUCAUCUGACGACUCUAGUGAUGGUGAAGGAAAUAAUACUGCAGCCACAGAAGCAAUGAAUACUCAUAGUAGGAGCUCUGGAGACACAUCGGGCUCGAGUCCUGGUAAAAGGACUGCUUCUAGCAGUAGCGGUUCACCCAGCAAAAGUAAAACACGAGCCAUUUCAGACACGUCAUUCGAGUCUGGAAUGUCGGAUGAUUACGCAGUUCCCCCAGAUGCCUUUAGCUGUGAUAGUACCAGCAUGGAAUCUUCAGCGCUUCGUACCUCAUUUGUAGAUAGUCCUAAGAAAUCAGACUGCAUUGAAAAAAGCGGAUCUCUUGCUAAAUUAGGUGGUAAAUUAAAGACAUGGAGAAAACGUUGGUUCGUUCUUAAAAAUGGCGUGCUAACUUAUUAUAAAAGUCAAGCAGAUAUUAAUAGGAAACCUCAGGGUCAAAUUUUGUUAGACGAAAUUUGUAAAAUUAAUCGGGCCGAAGGAUCUAAUACGUUUGAAAUAGAUACUGGCAAGAAAACGUAUUAUUUAACUGCCGAUUCAAUAACAGCAAUGGAAGAUUGGGUGAGGACAUUACAAAACGUGCAAAGAAGAAACGCCACGAGAUUACUUUUGAGUAAAGAAGAAAAUAAACCAUUGGUACAAGGGUGGUUGACGAAAGUCAAAAACGGACAUGCCAAAAAAUGCUGGUGUGUUCUUAUAGGGAAAAUGUUCCUCUAUUUUAAGACACCAACAGAUACGUCUCCAGCUGGUCAAAUAAACAUGAGAGACGCAAGAGUGGAAGAGGUUGAUCACAUGUCCGAUUCUGAUUCAGAAGAAAAAGAAUGUGAGGCAACAGAAUUAACUCUUGGAAUAUUUCCGAAUAAUCAAGGACCUACUUACUUACUUUGCCCUGGAAAACAGGAGAGAGAUGCUUGGUUAUAUCACUUAACCGUGGCUAGUGGUGGCGGUCCAAAUACUGGUACGCAGUAUGAGCAACUUAUUCAUAAACUUAUGGAAGUUGAUGGUGAUCCUAACUGUGUCCUUUGGCGACAUCCUGUAUUGGUUCAUGUUUCAUGUACAAAAGAUGGUGCAAUUCCUUCGUAUUUUCCUCUUACUACUCUGCCAUCAGAAACAAUGCAGGCAGAAGCGAUAAAACUGUUUAAGUGCCUGCAACUGUUUAUGUCGGCUCAAGUUGAUCAAGCAGGUAUUGAUUACCAUGUGAUCCUUGCGCAAAAUGCACUGCAACAGUGUCUUGACAUGCCUGAACUCCAACCCGAACUCAUAUGCGCCUUGAUUAAACAAACUAGUAAGGUUGUCCCUUUGCCUAAAUUGGGAGUACAGGUAUCUACCCAAAAGUUGCUUAAGAAAAGUCAAUUGCUGCUGUGUGCUACGCAAAGUUUGUUCACUUGCGAAGCCACGCCAACCGGCGUGAGCAGUGCUUCAGAGCAGCAAAUUUCGUCUUCCAAUACACAGGGUUCUCAGGAAGACAAGUACAAGGAGCAUAAGGAGUGUUAUAAGGAACAUAAGGAUCACAAAGGCCCGCCAAGCUACACUUUUUUACAAGGCUGGCAGCUGCUGGCUUUAGCUGUCAGCCUUUUUGUGCCCAAGUCUUCCCGAUUGUUGUGGUUUCUUAAACUACAUUUGCAGAGGAAUGCUGACAAUCGAACUGAAUGCGGAAAGUACGCUUCGUACUGUGAACGAGCUCUCGAUAGAACCAUCUUAACAGGUGGUCGAGAAUGUAAACCAUCAAGGAUGGAAGUGCUCAGUAUCCUGCUCAAGAAUCCUCAACACCAUUCUUUGCCUCAUUCAAUGCCUGUUCAUCUUUUAAAUGGCACAUAUCACAUAUCGAGCUUUGAUGGUUCGAGUACCGUCAAAGAAUUUCAGGAUAGUCUGGCGACUGAGAUCGGUUGUAGAAUUAGUAAUGGAUUUGCCCUAUUCAGUGAUGAUCCAAUCGAGAAAGAUUUGGAACAUACACUUGACCCAUCAGCCAAAUUGUGCGAUGUCAUUACAAAAUGGGAAGUUGCGCUAAGGGAAAAAGGACUUGGAAAAUUUGAAAAUACUAGAGUUAUUAGGCUAACUUAUAAAAGUCGGUUGUGGUGGAAGAGCAGUGCAAGGUUAGAGACUGAUAAGGAACGUCUUUUGUUGUGUUAUCAAGUAAACAAACAGAUUGUUUCUGGUCGAUUCCCCUUGAGUAAAGAACUUGCCCUUGAAUUGGCAGCUGUUAUGGCUCAGUUGGAUAUUGGCGAUUGUUCCUUUAGCUCAAAUAAAAGUACUAGCAUAGCAAACACACUUAAUUCUUCCACGCAAGGUGCCAAUAACAAUGCCCAUCAGAGUCCUAAUUGUACUACAAAAUCUAGUCUUCAUGGUACCCUCAGCCCACCUAAGAGUAUCCAAUCCUCGCAAACACUUAAUGCCCUGAAUAGCGUUCAUAAUAUACUCACUGCUCACUCCAAUCAAGCCUUAAGUGCCAUAGACAAGUUUUAUCCCUAUCGGUAUCGGGAUCAACUGAGUCAAGAAGGACUUGCAGAUCUGCAAUCAAAACUGUUAGAUAAAUGGAGAGCUUUAAAGGGAAGAACUCAAUUAGAUUGUGUUCGCAUCUAUUUAACUUGCACCAGGAAAUGGCCUUUCUUUGGAGCCACACUUUUUCAGGCAAGAUUACGUCAACACGAGUCCUCGAUGGUGUGGUUAGCUGUCAAUGAAGACUCAAUUACUGUUCUUGAUUUAGCGACGAUGCAACAAAGAAUGCGUUACUCUUAUACUAAUGUGCUUACAUUUGGUGGUUGCCAGGAAGAUUUCAUGCUCGUCGUUACUCAGAGCGAGCAGCAACCGUCUCAGAAGCUCAUUUUCUCCCUUAGCAAACCCAAGAUUCUUGAACUGACACUUUUAAUAGCCGAUUAUAUGAAUCUCUUGAUGCAAAAUCCGGGUACACCCCUUCUAGGGACACUCAGUCGGGGCACUGUUAUGUCUGUUAACCAAUCGGUAAUCACGAACCAAAGUCAACCUGAUAUACUUAAAUCUACUCCUGACCAUGCGCUUCAGAGGUCCGACUCAAAAAGACGUACCCACAUCGAUUCUGGUCUCGCGUGAUACUCGCCCAGCAAAGGGAAACUACUGGAUGUCAACACCCGAAAGAAAGUCUCGGUUUGUUAAUUAUUUUUACUGAAUUUUAACUCAAAUAUUGCGAUUAUUAUUUAUUGUUAUUGUAUGUGAUUGUUUUGUAUGAUUGGCUUCUUUUUUGCAAGGUUGAUGUGCCACGUGUAAUAUAUAUUGUGCUAGGUUUUUGUACAUACAAAUAUAUAAUUUUAGGACAGAUUUAAGAAAGGAUUGGUGUGCAGUGUUGUACUGAGAGGGUCCGUUAUAUUCCUUGAAUUAAAUUGCAAUCUUUUUAGAGUCGGUAAUUUAUUAGUAACUAUGAAUUUAAAUAAGUUAUAAUA